AUGUCUCAAGUUCAACAGUACUGGUUACCGGGAUAUGGACUUUCUCGACAUAUUGUUCUAGGACAAAUCCAAUACUUCCUCGGACCCUCUGCUACAGUCCGGCCAUAUACUUACCAGGGGCGCGAAGGUUAUUUGAUUGUCGGCAUGCCUUUAACAAGGAAACAAAUAGACGACCUCACGAUCAUGUCGCGAGAAUAUGAAAGACAAGAGUCGCUCCGAAUGGCAGGUGGCACUGUCAAUAGCUCCAGCAAUCCCCAGUCAGAACCCUACAUCAAUGAGAUUAUACCGGUUCGGCUUUCAUCAGGGUCUCGUCGUCGUCCAGGCGAUUAUCGAGGACGAUAA